AAGAGUGAGCCAGCUGCUGAGAGAGCCCAAGCAGGAAACAGGAGACAGCGAGCCGCCGGGCGUGCGCUCUGCAGAAGCCGGUUCUAUAAACAGCCCUCUCCUAAUAAAGCGAUGGAGCGCCCGGCCUCCCAGUAAUAGUCGCCGGCUACAGACCGUCAGCCCCGGCCGCCCCGCAGCCCAGCCACCCAGCGCCGCCCCUUCCCCUGCAGCAAGAAGGGGACUGCUCUCCCGGGGCCAAAAAGAGAGGGGUUGGCCGAGAGAAAGAGAGAGAAAGCCGUCCUGCGGAUCCCACAAGAUGCCCCGGGUAGAUGCAGACCUCAAACUGGACUUUAAAGAUGUCUUGCUCAGACCUAAGCGAAGCAGCCUCAAAAGCCGAGCCGAGGUAGAUCUUAAAUGCAGCUUCACAUUUCGCAAUUCCAAGCAGACCUACUCAGGGAUCCCUGUCAUUGUGUCCAAUAUGGAUACAGUUGGUACAUUCGAGAUGGCAGUGGUGAUGACUCAGCAUGCCAUGUUCACAGCAAUUCAUAAGCAUUACACCCUGGAGGACUGGAAGCUGUUUGCCACAAAUCAUCCAGAAUGCCUGGAGCAUGUAGCUGUGAGCUCAGGCAGCGGGCAGAGUGACCUGGACAGGAUGAGCAGUAUCCUAGAGGCUGUGCCACAGAUUAAAUAUAUUUGUCUGGAUGUGGCCAAUGGGUAUUCCGAGCACUUUGUGGAAUUUGUGAAGCUUGUCCGAGCCAAAUUCCCAGAACACACCAUUAUGGCAGGUAACGUGGUGACUGGAGAGAUGGUAGAGGAGCUUAUUCUUUCUGGAGCAGACAUCAUCAAAGUGGGAAUUGGACCAGGCUCUGUAUGUACCACUCGGACCAAGACUGGUGUGGGCUACCCUCAGCUGAGUGCUGUUAUUGAGUGUGCUGACUCUGCCCAUGGCCUCAAGGGACACAUUAUCUCUGAUGGAGGCUGUACUUGUCCAGGAGAUGUCGCCAAAGCAUUUGGGGCAGGUGCUGACUUUGUCAUGCUGGGAGGGAUGUUCUCCGGUCACACGGAAUGUGCUGGGGAAGUGAUUGAGAGGAAUGGUCAAAAGGUAAAGCUCUUCUAUGGGAUGAGUUCUGAGACGGCAAUGAAGAAACACGUAGGACGAGUCGCUGAAUACAGGGCCUCAGAGGGCAAAACUGUGGAAGUGCCUUUCAAAGGAGAUGUGGAAAACACUAUCCUGGAUAUCCUGGGGGGGCUAAGGUCCACCUGCACCUACGUUGGUGCCGCCAAACUCAAAGAGCUCAGUCGGAGGACGACAUUUAUCCGGGUUACCCAGCAGCACAACUCAGUCUUUAGCUAAUGUGGGGGGACCAAAAACCCUUUCGACUAGAGUGGAAGCUUUGACAUGCACCCGCUUUGCCCACAGUGUCCCUUGUUGUCUUGUGUAAGAGCUUCCUCGCUCCUCAUGUUGGAAGAUACCUCCUCUUCUUGCUCAUCCUCCUCUGAGCAGAUGGAGGGCCUCUGGAGCCCAUAACUAGCAUCUCCUGCAGGCAUGUAGCUGGGGAUGGACUUAGUAGCCAAGCCCAGUGCUGCAGUGUAGAGUGUUUGCUGCCCUUGACAAACACUCUCAUUGAUGAAAUCCAUGUAAGACCCUUCCAUUUUGUUUGUUUUUAAAGAAAAUAGUUUUCACUUUAAUAUAAUGCUGUGUCUUCACAAAAGAUGGCUAGAGUCUCCACUUGCUGAAAUCAAGUCUUGUGGUGACUCUUUGGACAGCUUUCUGCCUCUCCUCCAGAUGUGGUAACAGUCACACUAGUAUUUGUUAGUAUUAGCAGUCAGACAGUGCUUCCCUAGUGGUGGCUACUGUCCACUGGUGGCUGGGCAGGCUCCCCACGGGGGAGAAGAAGAUCCCAGCAAAGCAAAGCCAGAUAGCAUAGUGACCUUGGUUCCUGAGAAAGCACCAAGGGAAGAUUGUAAGUAUAAGAAUAUGAAGCAUAGACUUUCAAAGUGAGCUCUGGGAUAUUUAUGGGUUUGGCCCUUUAUCUUUGACUUGUGGAGGCCAGAGGUUCAUUACAUGUGCCUUUUAGGGAUGUCCUAACUACAUAUUCAUUGAGUCCAUUACUUGUGGAAGGCUGGGAUGGUGUUGGCUUUCCCUCUUUGGACUUUUCCCCUUUCUCCCUCACCCCACCUUUUUAUCUACAAAGAACAUAUGUUUAGUUGUGUUCUCACAUUAAAUAUAUUAUAGUAUCUUCUUAUAAAGAUCCUAGUGAAACAUUUGUAAUGAAGAGGCCCAUCAUUACUGGUAAUGGGAGGGGAAUCUCCCAUUAGUAUAGCUCUUUACCAGAAUCUAGUGAUAAGACUCUAAGUUAAGAGACUUCUUUUGGAUAUGGUAAUGACUAUUUCCGAUAACAUGUGACUACUAUUUAAUGGUGGAGUAAUUGACAGAUUUCAAUGACAUUUUCCAGGAAGUAUGCAUGAUCCUCAGAGGAAUCCCACAGAAAGUCAUGGUGACAUAUUAACAGAAUGAACACUGGAUGAAUUAAUGCCUGGCUCCUUGUUUUAAAGAGUUACUUGGAUACCACUAUACUGGGAAGUUUAAGCAACUUAAAGUAGACUUUGUUUUUUCUAGACACAAGACAAUAAACAGAAAUUCAGUCUUCUUAGAGAUGAGUGAGGUUUUUGGGAAAAGAGAAUGUGGACAAAGCAGGAAGCUUGUGUGUCAUUGCCCACUGUGACUUAGGCCCGUGGAAAAGGUCUACCUCUGGUGUUUGAUCAUGCUGAAUAUAAAAUUCAACCUUACCGCCCCCCCCCCCCUUAAAGGUAUUUGAAACACAAGGCAUGGGCUGAAAAAAUUAUAAAUCUUUCCAUGGCCCCAGAGGCACAUAUCUUGCUAAUACCUUCAAGUAUUGUAGAAGCAAUUUUACCCCUUGCCGCUCUCACAAAUACACAAACAUAGCUCUUAACGUCUAUAUAAAGAUAAAUGUGUAAGUGAGUUACUGUUGGGAAACAAUGCAACAUCUGGAUAAUGUGGGCGGUAGAUGGGGAUUCAGAAUUGGAAAAAACCUUAGAGAUUGUCUAGUCCAGCCCUCUCAUUUUACAGAGGAGUAAACUAAGGCUCAGAGAGACUAUGACUUGCUUACAAUCACCCAGCUAAUUAAUGGCAGACGCAGGAUAGAGCAAGGUGUGGGCCUAUCCCGGAAAUAGCAAAAUAUCACACUUUCGAUGCUUUUUUUUUGGUAGGGGGAAGGGCAUAUGCCUUCAACUUCAUGAGAAAUAGGUUUCCUUUGUCCUAUUUUCUUUAUAGUUACCCUUUCUCUUUUGAAAUGACUGAUUCUAACCACUAGUUGAAGGAAGGAUUUUUUUUGGAGGGAGGAGGAGGGGUAGGAGGGCAGGUUGCUGCUGAUGGGUUUGGGAGAAGUCGAAGGAAAACAUGAAAGGAAUUUUUUAAAAGUUCCUUUCACCCCUAACAACAGACAUCUUUUAAUUAUGGCUAAUUUUCUUUCCUUUGCUCUUUCCCCCCAAACAUUUCGCCCCCAAGGUGAAAACAUGAUGAGACACUUAACAAAUCCCAUACCUAGAGAGAUGUGGUUUAUUAGCUCAUAACUACAUAACUGCUGCCCAUUCUGUGGGAUAAUGGGACAGGGUCCCAGAUCUGUCUCCCACAGGACCUUAUACUGGGACUUAGAAGGGACCACAGGGGAUGUCUAGCUCAACCAUUUCAUUUUUCCCAAGGGCUGGGGAGACUGACAUGUCCAAGGUCACACAAGCAGUAAGGGUAGAAGCCCAAGUCCUAUACUCUUUCCAGGGCACCCUUUGCUAAUCUUUGUUUUUAAGGAAAUGGAGGCUGGCAGAAAAUCCAAAGUAUAUAUAUUUGCAAAUAUCAAUCUGCUUCCUCAGGAUUGAGAAUAUUCCCCAUCUAGGUUGGGCUUUAAAGGUUAAACGUGUUUUCAGAGACGAUGUUUCAUUUGAUCCUGUGACAGGUAUAUGGAGCAGGACGUAUUACCUCCUUUUUUUCUGAUGAAGAAACAGAGGGCCAGAUAUUAAAUGUGGUUUGUCGGGGGCAGCCAUGUGGUGCAGUGGAUAAAGCACCGGCCCUGGAUUCAGGAGGACCUGAGUUCAAAUCUGGCCUCAGACACUUGGCACUUACUAGCUGUGUGGCCCUGGGCAAGUCACUUAACUCUCACUGCCCCGCCCCCAAAACAAACAAACAAACAAAAAAGUGAUUUGUCUAAUCACUAAGACCAAAAAUAUUGUUGGGGCAGGGCAGAACCAGGAUUGAAACCUAGCACCCAGGCAAUGGAAACAUAGCAUCAUAGAUUUAAAACUGGAAGGAACUUGACAGUUCUUUAGUCCAACACUCUCAUUUAACAAUCGAGGAGACUGAGACCAGAAGAAAUUAAGUCACUUGCCCAAGGUCAAUGACAGAGUCAGGAUUAGAACCCGGGACCUCUAGUUCUAAUUUCGACAUUCUUUCCAUUGUAUCACUGCUGAGUUUUGGAUUCCACCAUGUUGCCUCGGUGAGCAGCUAGGUGGUGCAGUGGAUAGCAUGCCAGGCCUGGAGUCAAAAAGACUCCUCUUCAUGAGUUCAAAUGUGGCCUCAGACACUUAACUGGCCGUGUGAACCUGGGCAAGUCGCAUUAACCACGUUUGCCUCAGCUUCCUUGUUUGUAAAAUGAGCAGGAGAAGGAAAUGGCAAACCAAUCUAGUAUCUUUGCCAAGAAAACCCCAAAUAGUCACGGAGAGUCGGACAGGAUUGUAAAAUGACUAAACAACAAAUAUUGCCUUGGUAGUGAGACUAAGCAGCACUCAGAGGGAAAGGUACCUAAGCUUACCCCCAGUUGGUAUUUGUAGCAUCAAGCUGCAGCUGUCAUUUGCUUUGGUGCUGACUGAAUGGACAGAUGACACAUGCAUCCUGCAAAAGUUUUUCCAUGUGUGAGUCAGAGGAAAGAGCACCAGGGCUGCUUUCCUAAAUAAAGACUAGCUGGGAGAUGUUGACACAGUGUUGGGUUUACUUACCUCGAUCAACAACUGCUUUAAGUAAUGUGGAUUCUAAAUACUUCUCAUUGCUUUGGCUGACCUGCUAUCAUUUUACUGUAUUUUCAAAAUCCUCCCUAUGCAGCAGAGUGGCUAAAUGCUCCUAGCCUAGCCAAGCCAACCCAUUAAAGAGUUGUGUACUGUCAUGGACCCAGAUCUUCCUGUCAGAAUUGCCCCUGGCUAUAUUGUUAAAAUUGGAUCAUCUGCCAAGGAGAGCAGGGCUAAGGUCAGACAGGUAAGAGCUUGGUCAGAAUGCUUCGGGAGAGCUGCCUAAUUUAGUGGCUUACUCAUUUUAGCAUGCCACCUUCCAGAGUGGGAGAUGACCAGCAGCCUUCCUCAGUCCUGAUUCAAAGUGGUCAGGCCUUUGCCUUCUGGCAUGUAGGCACCAGUAUUUCCAGGUCACUUGCUCAAAUCUUAAAUUUGAUAAGCAGUGAAGAGUUCAGGUCAGACAUGACAAUGCUACCCAAGAGGUGGAGUCAGCAAUUUUCAAUUAGGCUAACAGAAUGAGCUGCCUUCUGUGGCUUAGUUAAAUUUUCGCAUGAGAGUUUUCUGUUGACAAUUUCCCCUUCAUCUCUUUAAUCUCCACUGGAUGACAUUUUGGGCUGAAAGCCUUUAGCAGGCAAGUAAAUGACUUGGUGCCAGAAAACAUACAUCUUUCACCAGGAGGAAGCUGAUGAAUGAUCACUUUUGGUCUUCCUGGAGCUUGGCCUAUAUAGGCUAUUUCUAAAACACAUACAUGUAUCAGUCGUCAUUCUCUAUGCACAUUCACGGCCUAGCAACUCUGAGAUGAACAAGUCAUGCUAGUGGGAAUCCACAAUGGGAAAUCUAGCACUUGUGUGUUUGUGAUAAGGCACAUGGGCAUGCACAGCCACACUGAAGACAGCAGAACUGGAUAUGGUGUGUCCUUCAUUUCCCAUAAGUUCAUGAGCUGCCAAGUGCUUGUUUAAAGCAAAUAUUCUUGCAAAUGGCACCAUUCAAGUCUUGAGAAUAAAAAUGUUUAAAUGGAUGAGCCAAGAUGCCAGAUGUGGAAAUGUGCCUGUUUUCUAUGAACUCUGUCUCCAGGAUCCCAAAAUAAAGUGAGGUAGGUGUGAGGCAGAGAAAGGGGAACAACUCUGUUCUCACUUGCCCCUUUUUGACAGACCUACACUAUG